AUAAUAAAAAAAACGGGUUCAAUUUUUGCCGACCCAUGAAGCUCGUCUUUCAAACCCUCUGCAAACACAGCCUCUCUCUCUCUCUCAAUUUCAGGCAUCCGAACUCCAAUCCUUGGGAGUGUGAGCAAUCAGCAAACGGUGGUGUCCUUCAAUGAGCUCUAAUCUCCAUUUCUCAUUAGGGCUUCGAUAUCGUUCUGGCCAGUGGAACACACUUUCUCACUCUCCCUCAGAUACGGGAAGGAGAUCCGACGCAGCGGCGGCUCUUUCUGGUUCAGCCCCCAACGGCGCCGCUGUAAGGGCUUCUCCUCCGCCUCGGCAACCAAACUACAACGCCCCUCGUGUUCAGGAAGCAUUGGAACAUUCUAUUGAUCUAAUUGAAUUGUGCAAUGAAGCAAAAGUUGAGUGUUGUCGGGCAACUAGAGACUUGAGAAGCUGUGGACGCUAUGUAGAAAGUGUAUUGAACUCAUGUGGACAUGCCUCCUUGUGUACAGAGUGUUGUCAGCGGUGUGAUAGUUGCCCAAUUUGUAGAAUUCCAAUACCAAAGAAUGGCAAUGUACUUCGCCUUCGCCUUUACUAUGAGUGCAUAGAGGCUGGUCUUAUCUCCAAAAAAUGUGAUGACAGAUUACAAGAAAAAGAAUAUGGGGAGAAGCAGAUAGCUGCUGAUAUUGAACGGCUUUAUUCUUUUUUUGAUGUUGCCAUAGAAAACAACUUGGUUUCUCUGAUUUGCCACUAUGUUACAGAUGUUUGUCUGGAUGAAAGUGCUGUGUCUAGUGAUCCUGUCAUUGCUUUCUUGUUGGAUGAAGUGGUUGCCAAGGAUUGGUGCAAGCGGAGAUUCAAAAAUAUUCUUACAGAACUUCAAGGAUUAUAUGAUCUCUCAGUAGAAAACAUGAAAAUGAGUUUAAGCUCACUUCUCAAGUUUUCAGUUAAGCUGUCUGGCAUAUCCAAUCUUCUGGAAGUUUUGGAUUCGUCUUUUAAGGGUACUCUUUCAGCACAGAUUCAUGAUCUUUACCACCUUCACGAAAGCAUAUUAAAGACAAAGCAACAUAUGGAGAUCAUGAUAUGGUCCAUAAGGCAUCACUUUCUUGAGAAUGUUGGGUCUCAAUAUACGAAUUUUACAUCAUGGCGUUCUUCUAUCCGUGAAAGGAAAUCAGCUGCAAUUAAGCGUUCAUGGCCUGAUUCAGUAAAUCACUCUGCAGAAUCUGCUAGAACAAAUGGUUCCACACUCUUUAUUGAAGAUGCACUGUUGAAUAUUGAGAUAGAACAGGGAUAUACACAUGAAAUAGGAGAGGAAUUAGAAAUUGCAUCUUUGCAGAAGGCUGGAAGCUCAUUGUUUUUCAGGUCUAAGAUAGAGGGGAUGGCGGGGUGCUACCCAUUUGAAAAUCUGCGAGCUGCUGCUGACAUACUCUUUUUGCAUGGGAGUUCUGAUUUGGUGAUUGCAAAACAAGCAAUAUUUCUCUAUUACCUGUUCGAUCGGCACUGGACAAGGCCAGAAGAGGAAUGGAGACACAUUAUAGAUGACUUUGCAGCUACAUUUAAUAUUACGAGGCAUUCCUUACUGGAGUCUUUUACCUUUUAUCUUCUGGAUGACCAUACUGAUGACGCUCUGCAGGAAGCUUGUCGCCUUCUUCCAGAAAUCUCAGGCCCAACAGCUCAUCCUAAGGUUGCACAAGUUCUGUUAGAAAGGAAAAAUCCCGAUGCCGCUCUUAUGGUUCUAAGGUGGUGUGGGCGUGAUGGUGGAGCACGGGUGGUUUCACUUGGUGAGGCUGUCACUGCAGUUCGAGUGAGAGUGGAGUGUGGACUUUUGACCGAAGCAUUUAUGUACCAGAGAAUGCUCUGUAUGAAGGUUAAGGAAAAGAAGUUGAAGUAUGGAUCAUCUCAGCGCUCCUCAGAUGACUUAAAAGGUGAGUGCAGGACUUGGGUGGACUGGGUGGAGGCACUGGUGACUGAAAUUUGUUUUCUUUGUAUCUGGAGAAACUUGGUUGACCAAAUGUUAGAAUUCCCUUGGAAUUCAGUUGAAGAGAAAUAUCUCCACAAGUGCCUCUUGGAUUUUGCUGUUGAUGACCCCUCAACAACAAUUGGAAGUCUUCUCGUGGUUUUCUAUCUGCAGCGCUACCGAUUUGUUGAGGCAUACCAAGUUGAUCGUAAACUUCAGAGUGUGGAGCAAGACUUUAUAUCAAAGAAUUCUGUUAGUGAAAUAGUCAUAUCUAGAAUGAGAUCAGCAAGUCACUGGAGAGCAGGAUUGGUUGAAAAGAGCAUAGAGUUGCUGCCAGAAUUUCAGCAAGAAGAAGUGAAGUUGGGAAAAUUGCUUGAGAUUGCUGUUUCUACCAUUAAUGAUCUGGAAACUCCUGCAAGGUGUGAUCUUGCUAAGGUACAAGAACCAAAUUUGACAAGUUUAUUGGUUCCCACCUCCAUUGAUUCUUUCCAUGUUCUUCGGAUGGACAAAACAGUCACUUCCUCAAAACCUUCAGUUCUCGAUACUCCAUCAAAACUAGGUGGAUAUGCUAAUAGUUCAAAAUUUGAAAUUGGGAACCAUGGCUCUCCCUCCAUUCUGCAAGGUAGUUUCUCUAACAAUGCGGAAAGAGUCCCAAAGCCUCAAAGUGGUGUCAGCAAGAUGUUCAAAUUCGAAGACAUUAGGACUCCUGGUAUUCAUCGUGUUCGUCCAAUCAUUGCAACCCCAUUCAAAGAGUUCAACAAAAGUUCAUCAAGAGUGCCUCAGGAUAGCAGCUUCCAAGAUUAUCGAUUUGAUCAAGUUUCUCCACAGAUGGAAGGAAAUGGGGUCACUCACAGACUUCAAAAUUCCAGGCCAUAUUCCCUCAGGGUUGGAGCUGAUCCAGUAAUUUCACCCAGCAGCAAUGGUUUCUUAACAAAAGAACCAGCUAGAGAUCCUUACCUAAACACGUCUGGUAAACAGGCUCCAUCAGAUGGACCUCACAGACUUUGGAAGGUGGUCCCGUCAGAUGAUCCAAUGGAUAUCUCUUGGAGCCAUGGAGAGAAAGGUACUUUUGGGUAUGGAAAUGUAAAUGGCAGACCAAGAUGGAGGUCUGAUGACAGCGGUGAAGACGAAGAACUGCAGAGCCCAGAUAGGCUCACAGGACCGGCUUCUUAUACAACACCUAUGAGGGGAUUAAGAAGAAGCAGAUUAGCCAGAAGAUGAUGACUACUUGUACAUCUUGUAAUCUUAACAAAAAGGGACAUGGCCUUCCAUGAUACUUUGGUUGGAUCAGAAACAGGAGACUAACAGACAGGAAAGCAGUGGAACUGUGGAGGCUCAACUAUUUGGUGUGAUGUCCUGCUCUCAGUUUUUUCCUGGUUGAGGCUGCAUCGUAUUAUAUAUUUACCCGGUUUAAUGGCUUGUUUGGUGCAAACUUAGGGAGCUAUUUAUAUUUUUUAUUUUUUAUUUUUUAAUAAGUAGUUUUUAGAAAUCUAUGCCAAAAUAUUUGUUACAGUUUUUGCUUGUUUGUGAAGUUGGUGGAGGUGAUGGUGUUUUUCAAGGGGGAAGGGUGAUUGGGGGGCAGCCGUGCCCAUUGUGUUGGUUCCAGUGAGGAAUAAAAAUAAAAAUAAAAAAUGAAGAAAAAAGGGAAGGAAAAAAAGAAGAGAGUAAGGAUGAAAAAGAUGAGGGGUAGCAAAGUUAUCUUUAAUAUUGACACUGUUACAAGUUAUCAAGGAAUUUAAUCUUUAAUAUUGACACUGUUACAUG